AUGGUGUCAAUUUUAUCAUUUGAGGAGAUUGGUACUGAUGAGGGUGGGGAUGAAUUAUUAUCGGUAUGUGAAAUUUCCACAAAUAGUUUUAAUUCAUUUUUGUUAUCGUCGUUACUAUUCCGUGGAGGCAUCGAUGUCAAACGGAAGCCUUAUUUGAGGUUGGACGUGCAAUUUCAAAUUAUAACGACCACGCGUAACAAACAGUAUGACGAAAAUUGUUUAAACGAGAGCACAGAAACAAGCCAUGCAGGAAUCUACUUGCGUUGUGGUAUCAGCACGUUCCGAAACGCUUUGAUUACGAUUCCCGAGAGGACGCACUUUAUGCCCGUAAAACACAAGAUUCUGCCAGUACAACGCGCAUACAUGAAUGCGUACCAAUUCAAUCAAAGACUUCCUAAAAUGUGA